UGCGAUAUUAUUCAAGACCAGCUUCAACACCCUACUAAGAGGUCCAAGGCAAUGCCUGUAAUGCUUCAGGUUGUGAUAGCUUUACGUUUUUAUGCAAGUGGAUCAUAUCAAUCUGUUUUCACUUGUCUGCCCGAUCAUAGAUUUUCUAGUGUUGUUGCCAAAUGGCCUGGAGGUUGUCACGAUGCUAGAAUUUUUAAUGAAUCAGCUUUGUUGACCCACAUGUCAAAUGGUAAGUCUUAAAGUUACAAUUUCAUAUUUUCUAAGAAAGUCAAAACAUAAUUAUUUCUAUGUCUUUUGCUCAAUAGGUUGUCAACUCACCAUUAUACGAUCAUAGGUUAUCUUUCUCAAAC